CAUUUCACUUGACAAGUUUGGGUCAGUAGCAUUUCCCAUUUCAUGGACUAUACUUUUUGAUGAAUGCAAUUUAUCGGACACUGAUUCCCUUGCAAAUUUCGGUUGCUCGUCUAAAUUAGCAAAAAUUACUCUACGUAAUAGCAAUUUUGAGAGUCUUCCUGCAUGCAUUAGCAAAUUUGUGUGGUUGGAGGCACUUGAUUUGUGUGGUUGCAAGAGACUUCGAGAAAUUUUAGAACUUCCACCAAAGAUAAGAUGGAUUGACGUUCGUGAUUGCAUAUUACUGGAAAUAUUUCCAACAUUGUCAGAGAUGAUACUGGCAGAGGGAGACAUGAGACUCAUUCGUUGGAUGGACAUGUCUAGUUGCCAAAGGCUAUGCGAAAAGUUGGCUUUGGACGUCUCCAUGAUGGCAAGCGUAUUACUGCAUCAGGCGGGGAAGUGCUAUGAAGUGCUAAGUAUUAUACUUCCAGGCAGUGAAGUUCCAAAUUGGUUCAGUUGCCGUAAGGACGUACGUGUGACUGAUCCUGGUUGUUCAUGUGAAAUUUUUAUCGAAAUCCCUCGGACUUUCAAAUGUAAAAACACAGGACUUGUUUUCUGUGUUGCUUUCAAAAUCGCGCAAAAUUUUUCUGGGCAAUGUAUUUUUUAUACACGGACUGCAGUCAAUGGAGUACAUAUAAAUGACCCGACUGGUUUUACUUUUCGAUCAAAAGAGACAGAUGCAGCUCAUGUGUGGCUAAAAUAUAUUCCAUUACCGGCUCACAUAAACUCGGAGGUGGAUGAGGGUGGUGAUCAAUCAAAGCCGUAUCUUUGUUGAGUUUAUGUUUACCGCUUAUUUGGAAAAGGGGUGCUCAUAAAUGGCUGCGGUGUCCACUUGGGAAAUUGCAGUAUGCCCGAGGAUGGUGGUGAAGAUGAUGACAAUGUAGAAGGCGAAGUUGGACCAGGAAAAAAGAAAAGGAUGUUGGCGAUCACGAGUUGAAUGUGAGUGGCAACAUUUUCAUUUCGGUCAGGUUUCCGACAUUGGACUUAAUAUUCUUCAACGCGUCCAAGAAGACCAUUGAUAUACGAUUCCUCUCGUCUCUCUCUUGUGUUUCAGGCAAGGAUUUGGCUCCAUUUUAACGUUCUCUCCUGUUUUUCUUCUGUUAGUUUUCAAUUCUUAGAAUUCUUUGUGUUUAUGGAAAACUAAUCUCCAUAGCAACGGCUAGGAGAUAAACCUACACUAUAACCAUGUACUUUUAUUAUUUUGAUUUUAUUUUGGAUUUUCUAUGUCAAUUUUAUAUUGUGGAAUUUCUUAUUUAAUCUA